AUUAUUAAUCUUCAUCCACCCGUCAAAGAGAGUCCUAGGUAGUCUCGAGAAACACUAGGGCUUGUUGGUACCUGAAGACCCUAGUAAUAAGGAGUUAAAGUCAUCAAACACGGACAUCCUCGGAGGCAACCUUUAUUUAGCAAAAAUAGCUUUAUUUCCUCGGAGAGUUUAUUCAUAACACCAGAACCCCCAUUAAUGGCUGACCAUCAAGCUGGAGAAGUUCUCUUGGUGAAGCCCAGAAGCUCCAAUGAUGGAGUUUCAGUGAUACUGCGAAUCAUUCUUCUGUUGCUUCUUACAGACAUAACUCUGUCAAGGAGCAUCAUCAAGACUCUUCCUGGCUUUUCCGGUGAGCUACCAGUCAAGCUUGAAACUGGUUAUGUUGGAAUAGGAGAAAAAGAUGAGAUCCAGUUAUUCUACUACUUCGUUGAAUCCGAAAGAAGUCCGGAAGACGAUCCUCUCAUACUUUGGCUGGCGGGUGGGCCGGGUUGUUCUGCUACUCGUUCUUUCUUCUACGAAAUCGGCCCAUUUAAAUUUGACAUGUCUAAUUUCACUGGAAACCAACCACCAUUGGUGUUAGCCCCAAACUCUUGGACAAAGGUUGCCAGCAUCAUUUUCAUAGAUCAGCCGGUGGGAACUGGAUUUUCCUAUGCAACUAAUGCGGAAGCUUACAAGACUAGUGAUAAAAAAUCAGCAAAUCAAACUUAUGAGUUUCUUCGAAAGUGGCUGGUGGAUCACCCCAAGUUUCUCAAGAAUCCACUUUACAUUGGUGGUAUUUCCUAUAUAGGAGUUGUCGUUCCAGUCCUUGUUGAGGACAUAUACAAUGGUAAUGAAGCCGGAAAUGAGCCACAAAUGAAUAUUAAAGGAUACAUACUUUGCAAUCCUCUAACAGAUAGGAAUGGAGAUGUUAAUUCAAGAAUUGACUAUGCUCAUCGUGUGGCACUUUUAUCAGAUGAACUCUAUGAGUCAGCAAAGGCAAAUUGCAAUGGCAACUACAUAGAAGUAGAUCCAGACAAUGGAUUAUGUGUAAGGGAUUUACAAGAAAUAGACAAGUGCACCGACAGAAUAAAUCAAGAAGAAAUUUAUGAACCCAAGUGUAUCCAAACGGUGGACAAAUCGAAAUUGUUGGGAUGGGAUAGAAGCUUGUUUGAAGCGAAACCCAUGGAGCUUCUCUGGUCAAUACCUCGAAGUCCCGAAGACUGGUGUCGGAGCUAUGUUUAUUAUUAUUCUGUCAUUUGGGCUAAUGAUGAAGCUGUCCAAAGUGCUCUUCACAUUCGAGAGGGAACAUUAUCAGCAGAUUGGGUUCAAUGCAAUCUGACAAUAAAGUUUUACUAUGGUAAACCUUCGUCGGAAUCCUACGCAUACGAUUUGCCCGAUGUAGUUGGCUAUCAUCGAAAUCUAACAAAAAGAAAUUGUCAAGCUUUAAUACUCAGUGGUGAUCUAGACAUGAUCGUUCCAUAUCUAAGCACAGAAAAAUGGAUACGUUCUCUAAAUUUGGCAGUUGAAAGUACAUGGGAACCAUGGUUAGUUGAUGGUCAAGUGGCAGGAUAUAGAGUGGGUUAUGCACACAAUGACUACUCCUUGACAUUUGCAACGGUGAAGGGAGCGGGUCACACAUGUCCAGAGUACAAACAUAAACAAUGUUUUUCCAUAGUGGAUUGGUGGUUUUCAAAUCAACCUCUUUGAUCGGAAGUUGCAACUUCAAAUUGAUUCAGUCAUUCUUCAAAUCUCCGUCGGCAAAUAAGGGCACCGGCGUUUUGCCGGUGCACAACCUGAUCAAAGUCUUUUUGUUUGCCGACAAUUGUUAUGAUGAGUAAGCUUAUAAGCAUUUUGUGUAGGCAUUGCUACUGAUGUUUUAUGUAUUACGAAAACAAUAUUUGAAUGCUAGUUAUUGG